GAGAAGUUUCAGAGUUCACGCAGCCAUUCUCUAAACUCCAUUGACGGACCGACACGCACGGAUUUUGGUUCUUCUGUCUGGACUGUACGACACCCGGGACACCGGAUUCACAUCACUGUUUCAAACCUUGAUACUUUGUUGCUACUUUGUAGCUACAGACACUUUUAACUAUAAACUUUCCCAAAACUAAAAAAACAUGACCCAGUUCAACAAGGGACCAGCCUACGGAUUAUCCGCAGAAGUUAAAAGCAAGAUUGCGCAGAAGUAUGACCUUCAGAAAGAGGAGGAGCUGCGCUUCUGGAUUGAAGAGGUCACAGGCAUGCCCAUCGGAGACAACUUCCAGAAGGGCCUGAAGGAUGGGGUCAUCUUGUGCGAAUUGAUCAACAAACUACAGCCUGGCUCAAUAAAGAAAAUCAACCAUUCACAGCUGAACUGGCACAAGCUGGAGAACCUUGGGAAUUUCAUCAAAGCCAUAUUAAAUUAUGGCUUGAAGCCCAACGAUAUCUUUGAAGCCAACGACCUCUUUGAAAAUGGGAAUCUGACUCAAGUCCAGACCACACUGCUUGCUCUGGCUAGUAUGGGAAAGACCAAAGGCAUGGACUCAAAGUUUGACAUUGGGGUGAAAUACGCAGACAAACAAGCGCGGCAUUUCGAUGAUGAGAAGAUGAAGGCUGGCCAGUGUGUAAUUGGACUACAGAUGGGAACCAACAAGUGUGCAAGCCAGGCUGGCAUGACUGCUUAUGGGACUAGGAGACAUCUGUACGACCCAAAGACACAGACGGACAAGCCUUAUGACCAGACCACCAUCAGCCUACAAAUGGGCACCAACAAAGGAGCAAGUCAGGCUGGCAUGUCUGCCCCCGGGACCAGGCGGGACAUCUUUGACAAUAAGCAUGCACAGCAGCCAGUGGACUCCUCCACCAUCUCCCUUCAGAUGGGCACAAACAAGGUGGCCUCCCAGAAGGGGAUGAGCGUGUAUGGGCUGGGCCGCCAGGUCUAUGACCCCAAGUACUGCGCCCCGCCCACGGAGCCAGUCAUCCACGCCAAUGGCAGCCAGGGCACGGGCACCAACGGCUCGGAGAUCAGCGACAGUGACUAUCAGGCUGAGUACCAGGAGGAGGAGUACCAGGGCACCUACCAUGAUGAGUACAGCGGACACUACAAUGACCAGGGCAUCGACUAUUAGACAUGGCCACCCCACCGUUAGUCGAAGCAGUAUUAACUAGUGUAUUAUCAACAGAGCAAGUCUUUUGCUAUCCUCGCUAGUCUUCCUAUAUUUUUUUUUUUAUCAUUUGAAAAUGUGGCCAUUCAGGCAUAUAUUGCCUGAAUGAGUUUUCCCAGCCUUCCAUUCGAGAGCACUUGGAACGGCAGUGCUUUGUUUGUUGGGGAUUGUGUUAGAAUGGCAAGAUGGUGAUUUCUGCCAUUUAAAGAUUGAGACCAUUCCUUUUAAUUUCUUUGUAAUGUUUUUAAAAUGUCUUAUGAAGUAUGGAUUACUGUGAAGUCUCCCUUCCUUGCCAACUAUGCAGCAUCUGCUUCAUGCAAUAAUUCUACCCUUUUUUUAAAUGCCUGAUGACUUUUUGUAUCAAGAUUUCAAUAUUUUAAAAAAGAAAUCAGAAUCAUCAGUCUUAAGGUUUGGCAGCCAUUUUGAUUUGUCUGACAUGUUUCCUCACUCUCUACUCCUUCCCGUCAUGAACUGACAUCAAUCUUGGGGAAAGUAGACAAGAGUUGAGACCGGAAGACAACUUCUUGCAUCAUUCCAUUUCUUUUUUACUUAUUUUUCACAUCACUGGAAGAUCUCUUCUGACUUUCUUGAUCGCUUUUCUUCUCUGAACUCACAAAAAGUGUGAGUACUUUGUUCUUUAAGAAUACCUUCAGUAGACUGGAUGACCAAAAAGUUUUUUUUCUUUUAAGUUUUCCUGCUUUUACUGCCUAGUUUUUUUUUAUUAUUAUUUGUGCCAUUAUGUCAUGUUUUAAAAAGAAGAGAAAAAUCCGAUGCACCCACUGUAUUUAUUAUUGCCAUGUCUCUCAGUAUAAGCCUUUCCUCUGUCAUAUGGUUCUUUUGAUGAAUAAAUUGUAUGUUAUAAAUAAAGCCUUAAAUGCC